AUGUACGAUGCCAUUCCCGGUUUCUGCAAUGACGCCGUCGCCGAGAAGCGCACCGAGAAGCGGCAGGUAGGACGCCGAUCUUCACGAAAACACGCAGCAUUGACGUCCAAAGCGCUCAAGAAAACGAACGAAAAGCUGAAGCGAACCCCCGGAACCGCGCAAUCUUGGGGGCGGAAAUGCCCCUGGACGCCACCGUCGAUAGCACCGGAAACCGUUGUGGGCCGGACUUCCCACGGGUCCUUCUUUUCGUCAAAAGGCAGCUCCCCGGAGCUGUACCCGAGCACGUGGGACAUUUUGGCGCGGCAGGAUUUUAGACCUCCAACUGCUGCCCUUGGCCUGGGCCUAGGUUCAUGCAGCUUGCUCCGGAAACUCCAAGCGCCAAUGCGAAGGAGCCCCUAUGACGCCAAGGGAAGUGAUCCCGUCUUUGGAGUUAGUUGGAGGGUCUGGGACUUGUCCAUCUUGUGUGAGAUGUGA